UUCCACCAAAUUCUAUAAAGAUGAAGCAACCUUUCAGUAUGCAACCUUGGGAUUCAUCUCCAGAGAUUUUCAAGAAGCUUUUUAAGGUUUUCCAUUUCCUCUAUACUUACUCUCUUGUCAUUGAUGUCUGCCAAUUCACCCUUGAUGAGUUUGCUCAAGCAUUUCAUGACAAGCUAAGCAAAUGGACUCACAACAAAGACAAGUGCACAAAGGAUGAUGAAUUGAAGGAUGGAGCAAGUUUCAUGCAUGGUUUACUUUUGUGUAUCUUGUAAUGUUUCUGUUUUUCAUUUUUGAAGUAAAAAAUGUUCAAAAACUUUAUUAUGCUAGGCUUUCAAACUUAAGUUAGAAGUAAGAUCUCAUGAAGUAGACACAUUCAUGGUUUGAAUUAGUUAUUGUUUAAUGUAAUACUUAUGGUUUAUCAAUCUAUUGAGAAUUACAUUUU